CGUCAUUUCCGGUGCCUCGGUGUUUUGCUUCCGCCGGCAAAACUAGCUGUUAGCUCUGUCGGACCAUGUCGGCUGCAGAAGAUGACUCGGAGCUUCGGGAUCUCCUGAUCCACAACCUGGAAAACAGUGGAGUCCUGAACAAGCUCAAGGCGCAGAUGCGCGCGGCCGUGUUUCUGGCCAUGGAGGAGCAGGACCGACUGGAGAACAAAGCUCCUCUGGUCAACGAGCCCCUGGAGAAGUGUCUGCACACCAGAGACGGUCGCCUGGUUGCCAGUCUCAUCCUGGAUUUUCUGCAGGAGUUUAAUCUGGAUCUCAGUCUCAGUGUGUUCCGGCCCGAGAUCAACUGCGAGGGUGCCGACGGUCGGGUCCAGGUCAGCCGGGACCUCGGGCUGGCUGUGGAGCAGGGGGCUCUGCUUCUGGAGCUGGUCCGGAGACGUCGCUCGGACCUGGAGCACCGACAGGAACCCAGCCCCGGGCAGCUGGCUCUGGCCCGCGCCAAGUUUGACCUCCGUGACCCGGACCGCCGUGGCACUGUGCGGCACGAGGACCUGCUAGGCGUCUUCAUGGAUCUGUUCCCAGCUCUUAACAGAAACAUGGUGGAGAGCUUCCUGGCUGACGAACUGGGUUCCUCGGCAGCUCCGACUCGCACUGCCGACUUCCAGAUGUUUCUCACUCUCUACAAGCGUCUGUUUGCACAGUGCAGGACUGUGGUGUUCCCGAGCUGCGAUGCUGCAGUGGCCCAGGCCGAGGACGGGGUCCAGAAGGGCGACAGCCCGGCCCUGAUUCAGGAUCCAGAUGAAGAACUUGAAGAUGGAGACUCCUUCUUUGAUGAUCCCCUUCCCCAACCUCAGAAGACCUACGGCAGGCCCGCAGGGUCCCGGUCCGAGGACACGCCUUCGUCGAGGUCUCUCUCUGACCAGCCCAGAGCAGCAGGAGGAGCUGCGUCACAGAACUCGGCCAGGAUCACCGAUCAGGAUUAUGAUGAUGACUUCAACAGCCACAGGUCUGAGCUGACCCACAGUGACCUGAGCAUCGGAGAAGAGAUCGAGGAGGUCUCCAUUGAGGGUCUGCAGGACAGCGAACAGUGCGAUGACACGCAGGACGUAAGCGUGUCCAGGCUGAGCCCGGGUCCCGGCGCUGACUACAUGGAGGACGUCUCCUGAGCUGCUCUCAUGAAACUCUGUUGCCAUUGGUGGCACCGAAGAGGCUGUGGGUCGGCGGAGUGUGUGAAAGCAGAUGGUGAUUGUGAAGUAAAGCCUGAAUGCUGGUGUCACAUGACUCGCUGUCUGUUUCACAAGUUCAA